AUGGCAAUGGCCUCCAGAGCUGAAAAAAUUCUUGUUAAGGGCAUCUCAGCCGUUAUUCUUGAACAUUACGAUCAGUUUCAAAUGGCUCUUGACCGAAUGGAAAAGUAUCAUAGUUUUUCAAAUGACUUCCAAGUUAUGUCAUUCAGUAAAGUAGACAAAAUGGCUCUAGACAACAUUGUUGAUAUGUUUGAGGAUGAAGAUGCUAAAAAGUUAAUUCAGUCUCAAAUUAACAUUCUUAAAAUGCAAAAAAAAGGUGGUGAAGCAAAUGUUUUCCGCGGUUCAUCGAAGCCUGCUUCUAAAAGAUUCUACAAGUAUAUGUUUAUUGCCAGAGUCAACUAUGAUGAUUCAGUCGACUUCAACUUAUGUAGCAUGGAGAAACAAGGCAACUGGGAUGUCACAAAGACGCUUUUCGAGUUUUAUAGCGAAGUUGGAGAGUCACUUUUUAGUUUUUUAACAGGUGCUGCGAUUGUCGGUGGAGUGGCAGACUUUAUUCAAACUUGGGUCGCAGCUCUUGGAUUAGGGAUAAAGAAAAUACAGGCCCUUGAACACGGUGAAUUUAUUACUGAAUUUGAUAUGACUAAGCGACUUAUCGAUGGCAAUUACUGUGAAUUCGACAAAGAGAAGAAACAAUUGUUUCUGAAAAGUUAA